GCAACCGAGGAGGUUUAAGAGUUCAUUUGUAGUUUUACGAACAGAAAAAAAAAAGAACAAAAAAAUCUGCUCAUAUUGUAGGCUUUGGAAAAAGGAAACUAUUCGUGUAUAAUUAGCCAGAGUUUCCCGAAUUACCACUGAUACGAUAUGUCCCACUGUUGUGUUAAAUGAGACUUUUGUAAUGUACGCGCGAGCGACUUUACCGGCGUUUGUGUUGUUUGCGCUGCUGUCAUCAUCGUUAAGUGUUUGCUCAGAGUUGAGGGUUCUUCUUCGUCUCAGUGAUGGUCAAAUAACGGAGGAGGUUCUAAAAGCGGAUAGUGAAAAGGACAUCAUAACACUGGAGUUCAAGCAGGGAGACGGGACUCUCAUCACAUUCCUGGCUGAUUUUAAACGUCAUGUGAAGAUAUUUCGCGCACUGGUGCUUGGGGAGCCGGAGAGGGGCCAGACACAGUACCAGGCCCUCUGCUUCAUCUCCUGGUUGGAUCAUGGAGAGCUCAUCCCCACUGAAGCCAUGGCCAGACUCAGACAGAAAAACCCUCAUGUGGUGCGGAGUGCAGAUGACAGUUGUGGAGUGGAACAGCUCAGUAUAAACGCAGUGAUCAACAUGAGUCUUUCCUGGCACCUCAGUACGCACAUACCGAAUGUGUGCAGGGACGCACGAGACCUCAUAUACACACGGCAGCAAGAUGUCAAACACUGGGUGGACAGAGGGGUCGAGGGCUCAAUAUUCGAGGUUCUUCCCCAGAGUGUGGAUGUGACUGGCUUGCAGAGCUGCAGUUCCCCAGCAGACCCAUGGCAGCCCUGCGCGUGCAGUUACAGGUUCAAUCUGGAGUGGUUCCCCUGUCAGCUGAAGUACUGUCGGGGUCAGGGGUCCAGCCCGUACAAGUGUGGCAUCAAGAGCUGCAGCAAAAGUUACCGAUUUGACUUCUACACACCCCAUAAACAGCUGUGCCUUUGGGAUUAUGACACUUAAAAGCACUUGUGAGAAAGAAAAAUCACCUUUCUCAAAAUGUUGUUUUUCUGUGGCAAUAUUUUUACAAGUUACUAAAACAAAGAUAGAGUGUCUCCAUAUUGUUGGUGGUACUGAAAAUGUGCUUAAUCACAGUUUGCAAAGUUUUUUUUUUUUACCUCAUGCAGCCCAGCGUCCACAUUCCUGGACAUUUUAUUUUGGCUUCGCAAUACACAAUGCAUAAUUUAAAUUCAUUUAAACUGACUUAAUAUUGUUCACAACACUCUAGACUGUCAUUAAAGGGUUAAACUUCUGGCACACCGAGUCACGUGACACAACAACAUGGGGUCGAUUUCCAUGGAGCACUUCUACGGGGGCAAAGCCAAAAAAGUGCCUCUGGUAAGAAACCUCUUUAACUUUCAUUGAAACCUGUUUGGGUGUAAAGAGUAGCAUCUCUAGUUUCAUUUGAUAUGCAGCUUUAAAAAAUGCAUUCAUUUUAGACAUGAUGUCCACAUUCGUGGAUUUUGGGACAUUAUUUCCUUAAAAGUUGAAAAAAACAUGUCAGUUAUUUUUGAAUAACUUUCAACAUUAACACAUCUGUGGGUCAUUUCGCUUUCAUUUUAAUUUUGUUAUAUUUUAUUGUGUUAUCACUGUACAAUACGAUUCUAUUCAUUAAUAUUAGUAAAUGCAUUCCUAUAUAUUCACUGUACAUUUUCACACUGAUAAUCAAUGGGUUUAUCCAAAAGCUGAAAAAUGUUGCUUUCAGAGGCUUUAUAUGGAGGUAGGAUGAAAAUAAGUUGCAUUUCGAACUGUUCUGAGACCGGUGCAGACAGCACACUGGAGGUUAAGUCAUUAAAUAAAUAGGGAGCAAGGGAGCAUCCUAUAGCUCUCAAAGUGCAUUUUUACAUUUGACAUUUAGUCAUUUAGCUGACGCUUUUAUCCAAAGCGACUUACAAAUGAGACACAUAGCAAGCAAUUUGUCAUACAAAGUUUAACAACAUCUGCAGUAUAAGACCAAGUUCUCACAGUGGCUGGAAUAGUAAAGAUACUUGCACAGAAGAAAGACAGACAAGGAUUUUUUUUUUUUUUCUUUUUUUUUUUUGGACAUUAAGUGCAGUGAUAGAGGGGUGAACUAUUCCUUUAACUGUGUUAGCUGGAAGGCCAGCCAACAAAGCAUUACAGUAGUCCAGUCUUGAAAUGACCAGAGCUUGGACCAGGAGCUGUGAAACAUAUUCAGAUAGGAAAGGUCUGAUUUUCCUGAUUUAAUCCAAACUUCCAAACAAAAGUUCAGUUUCAGGCUGCAGAUGAUGUUUGGACCAGUCAACAUGUCUGGCAGACAUGGGACAAUGAUAAUCAGUACAUAGAUUCGGAAUUUACAAUGUAUAAUUUUAAUUGAACAUGGUUGGCAGUGAUUGGAUGAUGCUGGCCUUUAAAUCAGAAUGAAUUAUGCAAAUUUCUGAUGUAAUGUCUGUAACGUCUCAAAAACAUGAAUAAUCAACACUCCUGCAAACAUAAACAAUUUGAUUUUAAAAAUCUGACUUUCUAUCACUUGGUAUUAUUUAAAUUUCACAAUUUAGUCCCGUUGUCCACGUAUGUGGACAUCAAUUUUUAGGAAAACUAUUUGCUCUAGAUUAUUUUUGUAUUAUUAUUAUUAUUAUUUUGCUCUUUUAUUAGUUGCUACUAGUUACAGAUCAAAAAGGGAAAUGGAAAAUGCUCACACACUCAGGUCUCAGGAGGUUAAAAAAACGUGAUAUAUAGACUGAUGAAAAUUUCAUCCUAAAUCAUUUGUUACUUUGAGGAACAAUUUUGAUAAUGAGAUUAUCUUGACUUUUUUUGUAUAGACUUUGUCUUAACAGGGAAUUGUCCCUAACCUAGUGUCUUACAAGUGUAACAUAGUUGACUGGUUACUAUGCUUGACUACAUUGUCAAGUUAUUGUCUUUCCUAAAGCAUUUCAUGGGAAAGAAAGAAAGGAUAUUUUGUCAUGUGUUGUCAAGCCGUUUAUCUUUUCAGUUUUGUACAUCACUACAAUUGUACCUCAGGGCAGGAAAUGGUGUUAUUAUGCUUAAGUCGUAGGAUUAGUUCUGCCUUAAGGCAGCUAUUUUGUAGGUUUUACUUUAUGCUGAAUUUUUACAUAUCAAAAUAUUUGAAUGUUAAAAUUUUUGCUUUCCAUAUAAUCCCUUAUGUUGAGGAAAUAAUUCGUAGAAAAGAGAGUAAUUUGAAAAAUAUUCAAAUUCAGUUGUGAGAAAUGUUUACUGAUGUCUGAAUGUGUCUCCUCUAGUUAUCCUUUUUGAACGUUAAAGCCGUUAAUUCACUUUUUACGCCUUUUUACUUUUUUACCUUAAAGUUUAACCUUAUUGCCUUCACUUUAACGCAAACCGUUUAUUGUUGUGAUUUUGCAUUGUCAAAUGAGUUUAGCCGUGUAGUAAUCAACAAAAUUUUCAACAAAAACCUGAGCAAAAUAUCUUUGUUUACAAUUUACAAUAUUAUAAUAAUAGGCUAUCAUGCAAGCUUUUAAAGUCUAUUCAGACUUGGGAUUCACAUUUUUGCUCCCUCCUCGUGAGGCUGAGAAUGUAAAACUUUAACAAAAGGUUUAUGUGGCAGCUAAGACAGCGUCUCUGGACAUAAUGUGAUGUCUAUUUAUUGCAAAUGUAUUCAAUUGAUGCCAAAUUUCUUACUCUCAGCUAAGUUGCUCUCUAUAGCCUUGACCAGUUCUGAUUUACAUUUCAAUUGCAACUGUCUUAUGAAUGGAAUGGCCUUUUGUUUUGUUUUGUUUUGUGAUAUACAUUAUUGGUGUUUAAACUCCAGUCUUUCUAAAAGGCUUUGACAACUUUUCUUUCUGCUGUUUACUUGACAGCAGCCACUAUCCUGAUAUCAUUUAUUUCUAAAGUAUUAUAAUAAUUUUUUUGUAAUUUCGUUCAAAAUAAUGGAUUUUUCUUUUGGUAAGAUACAACUUAAUAACAUUUGUGGUAGGUAAUUGGAUUAUUAUAUGGUUCUGUAUGCAGUACAACUUCUGUAUUAUUUUGUAUUCUCAUUGAUUUGAGCUUUGGUAUGGACAUAAAUGCUCAGGCAUGUGUCCCUGCAUUACUAAUAAAGUUUUAAAACAGGCACAGCCAAACAUUAAUGAAGCAAUUGAAGCAUUUUACUGUCAGUAUCUUACAAAAUAUGUUAUUUAUGCAAUAAAG